GUAUGGUGACUUUUUUAAAUUUAAGUUGGUAGCGCUUCGAAACGUUCGGGUAACUUCGUGUUUUGUAGUUCUUGUACUUGCCGUCAGAGGGUUUUGUUUGACUGACGGUUUCACACAGUUAAAUUGCCGCCAAAGCAACAGUCAUAAUUUUCGACUCACAGCCGUGUAUUUUCUAAAUUUACAAUGACUUUCUAUGAAAAGUGCGUCCAGUAUUUUGAUACUAAGGAUUUCUAUGAAAUCCUGCAGAUUGAACGGUCUGCCACUCCCGCUCAAAUUAAAAAGGGAUAUCAUAAAGCAUCUUUACUCGUGCAUCCCGACCGAGUGCCCGAACAUCAGAAGCUAGAUGCGACCGAAAAAUUCAAGAUAAUCUCAAAGAUUCACUCUGUGCUUAGCGACAAAGAAAAGCGCAGUGUUUAUGAUGAAUCCGGUACUUUCGACGACGAGUUUAGUGACGGCGUCAGCGAAUGGUUGAAUCUCUACAAAUCCAUGUUCCGUGAUAUCACCGUAGAUGUCAUCGACAAGUAUAAAGCAGAUUACCUCAACUCUGAGUCUGAGUUAAGAGAUAUCAAGAAAGCUUAUGUUUCAACAAAGGGUAACAUGACUGAAAUGCACAAUAGAAUCCCAUUCUUGGAUUGUGCAAAUGAAGAGAGGAUAAUGAACAUUGUGAGGAACUUGAUAGAUGAAGGUGAAGUGGAGGAGUAUGAUGGCUUCUUUAAUGAGCCAAAAGCAAAGAAGUUGCGGCGUAAGAAGCGCGAGGAGAGUUACAAAAUUACUGACGAAGAAGCUGCGAAACUUGCCGAGGAAUUCGAGAAAGGAAGAGCCGCACGAAUGGAUAAUUUCGCUGAUACCAUGGCACGACUAGAGGAGAAGUACUGCAAUCCAAAACAGAAGAAAGCCAUUGCAGGAAAGAAAAAAUCGGCUGCGAGCGCACGCAACAAGACCACCAGCGGACGAGUUACGAAGAGGGGUAGGAAAUAAACUCAAUUUAUUGAUA